ACAGAUUAGAAGUUCUCUGAAACCAGAUUAUUAGACCUGAAGAGAGACAAUGUCGGAUGAUGCCAUACAAGCUGUCCGUCUCAGAAGUCUUAGCCUCUCAAAGAGUGAGAUCAUCGGUUUGAUCAUACGAUUGUCCAUCGUUGGGGCUGCCACAUACUACGGAGUAAAAUGGAUUGUCUAUGCCAUGGACCCCACCAGGAAACAGAAACAAGAAGCCAAACAACAAGCAGAGAAGCUGAUGAAGGCUAUAGGACUGUCCCCUCACACCAGUCUAUCAGAGUAUGAGCUGUCUAUAGCUACCCAGUUAGUUGACCCCUUGACCCUUUCCAUUGCAUGGUCAGACAUUGGUGGACUACAAGAAACCUGUAAGGAGAUCAAAGAGACCGUUCUACUUCCUCUGAAGAAGAAACACCUGUUUGCUGGCUCAAAGCUCAUGCAGCCCCCUAAAGGUGUCUUACUCUACGGACCACCAGGAUGCGGGAAGACCAUGAUAGCCAAGGCCAUCGCUAAAGAUGCAGGAUGUCGGUUUAUCAACCUUCAAGCUUCCAACCUGACAGACAAGUGGUAUGGAGAAUCCCAGAAACUUGCAUCAGCUGUAUUCUCACUGGCAACCAAAUUCCAACCAGCCAUCAUCUUUAUUGAUGAGAUCGACUCUUUCCUGCGAUCACGGGCAUCACAUGAUCAUGAGGCUACAGCUAUGAUGAAAGCUCAGUUUAUGACAUUGUGGGAUGGACUUAUUACUAAUGACAGCUGUGAGGUGAUUGUAAUGGGAGCUACAAACCGACCCCAAGAUGUUGAUGCAGCCAUCUUGAGGAGAAUGCCUACAUCAUUCCAUAUAGGCAUGCCAGACAAACCACAAAGAAAACAUAUACUACAAAUCAUACUCAAAGAUGAAAAGGUUGACAAUGAUGUAAAUCUAGACCUAAUAGCUGAGAAGUCUGAGAAGUUCAGUGGCAGCGACCUGAGAGAGAUGUGCCGGAAUGCCUGCAUGUAUCGCAUCAGAGAUCACGUUGCUGAAGGAGAUGCAGCCAGCAAUGACCUUCGACCUCUGAGUAUGGCAGAUAUUCUAUCAGCUCUCGGGAAGCUAAAGGAAGCAAGAGUCCAACAAGAUUACAGCACACAGCCUCUAAGUUCAUUUCCCCUCGAUUGAUAAUCUUUUCAUGUCUUUUGUAUAUUGAUAUUUGAAUUUUGUCAGAUUUUUUAUACACUGAUAAUCUUGCGGGUGUCUUUUGUGCUGUGACUUGAAAUCCAAACAAAACAUAGGUGCAAGUUGUUGUGACAGUCCCCCUGCCUCCCCCC